UAGAUAACCUCUCUGAUCUGUGGGCUAGACGAAGAUGUUGAGGUGUGUGUUGAGCACAGUGUUGAGGUUAAGGAUUGAGCUGAGCAUUAUUUUUGAAGCUGACUUUUAAAUCGUUUGAUCAGAGACAAGUACAUACAUUUAUACAUACUUGUCUCUUGUUUAAUUAGCUGACAAAAAUGAAAGUGAAAGUAAUUAGUCGAUCCACAGAUGUUUUCCUACGGGAAACCAAACAGCAAAUUCACAAAGUUUUUCGUAAUUAUGAUCCCGAUCUGCACCCUUUCGAAACAGCCAGAGAAUACACUAGAGCCUUAAAUGCCGUGAAAUUAGAAAGGGUAUUUGCAAAGCCUUUUCUGGGGAAUUUAGAUGGUCAUCGUGACAGUGUCUCGUGUAUAGCCAAACAUCCCAAACAGCUCUCCACCAUUGUUAGUGGAGCCUUUGAUGGAGAAGUGAGAAUUUGGGACAUUCCUCGAAGAGUCUGCCUGAGACAAUUCGUUGCACAUAAUGGCAUUGUUAGAGGCAUAACCUACACUCCGAAAGGGCUAAAGUUUAUUACUGUGGGUGAUGAUAAAACUGUGAAAACGUGGAAUGCUGCGGAGCCUCAGCUUGGAGAGGACGAGGAACCAGUGAACACAGUACUAAGCAAAACUGUUAUUACGGCAAUCAGUCACCACAGGCAAAAGGCGAUUUUUGCAACUGCGGGAGAAGUGGUGCAACUUUGGGAGGAGAGCAGAAAUGAACCAUUGAGGACUUACCAAUGGGGCGUCGAUAGUCUUCAUGACAUCGCCUUCAAUAUGGUCGAAGCAAACAUUUUUGCUGCAUGUGCAAGCGAUAGGAGCAUCAUUUUAUAUGAUACAAGAGACAAUGGUCCCUUGAGAAAAGUUGUAAUGAAACUAAGGCCGAACAAAAUGGCAUGGAAUCCAAUGGAAGCUUUUACCUUCACAUGCGCCAACGAAGACUAUAAUCUAUACACGUUCGAUACACGAAAUUUAAACAAGCCAGUUAACGUUCAUAUGGAUCAUGUGGCAGCAGUCACCUCUGUAGAAUAUGCCCCAACUGGAAAGGAAUUUGUGGCUGGCAGCUAUGAUAAAACUAUAAGAAUAUUCGAAUGCGACCAUGGUCACUCUCGGGAUGUUUAUCAUACAAAAAGAAUGCAACGACUGACUUGCGUUCAUUGGUCGCUAGAUAAUAAAUUUAUUAUUAGCGGAUCGGAUGAGAUGAACAUUAGGAUUUGGAAAGCUAGAGCGUCUGAAAAAUUGGGACCGUUGAGGCCCAAAGAACGAAAUGCGUUACAAUAUGCUGAAGCAUUGAAAUGCAAGUUUGCCAGCCAUCCUGAAAUCAAGCGAAUCAAAAGACAUCGUCAUGUGCCUAAACAUGUAUACAAUGCCCAGAGGGAAUUGAGGACCAUCAAAGAGAAGGAGAAGCGUAAAGAAGCCAAUAAGAGGGCUCAUUCACGAAAGGGAACGGUACCACACGUUCCGGAAAGACAAAAACAUAUUAUUAAAGAAGUCCAGUGAUUUUAAAGUGGUAUUUUUGGCAUAGAA